UGUUUCACGGAUUCAUACAAAAAUUCAGCAUGGAAAUGAACUGCUGUGUAUCUUUGGAGUCAAGGGAAAAAAAGCGUAUCAAUCGGGAGAUCGACAAACAGUUGCACCUGGAGAAGCAGAGGUCAAAACGUGAACUUAAGCUACUGCUGCUGGGGGCGGGCGAGUCCGGGAAGUCCACAUUCAUCAAACAGAUGCGUAUUAUCCACGGCAGCGGUUACUCGGACGAGGACAAGCGUGGGUACAUCAAGCUGGUAUUUCAGAACAUAUUCAUGGCCAUGCAGUCAAUGAUCAAGGCCAUGGAUAUGCUGAAGAUUUCCUAUGGUCAGGGAGAGCAUAGUGAACUGGCCGAUCUGGUGAUGAGCAUCAAUUACGAGACCGUUACCACGUUCGAGGAUCCAUACUUGAAUGCCAUCAAAACGCUUUGGGACGAUGCUGGCAUCCAGGAGUGCUGUGCUCGUCGUAGGGAGUAUCAGGUGAACGACACAACUGAAUAGUGAGUUGGGUCUCCAGGGACGACGACAAUCCACGCCUUUUGGAGUACCUAUUUUCAAAUAUUUUUUAAACUUAGUUUCUUGAGCGACAUAAGUCGAAUUGGACAGGCUGAUUACUUGCCAACCGAGCAGGAUAUUCUGUGUGCCCGAGAGCCGACACUUAAUAUUCAGGUGUAUCCCUUUGAGUUGGAUGGCCUUCUGCUGAGUAUGGUGGAUGUCGCAGGACAGCGAACCGAGAGAAGAAAGUGGAUUCAUUUUUUUUCGAAUGUUACAUCAAUAAUAUUUUUGGCAGCACUAUCGGAAUACGAUCAGUUCAUGAUGGAAUCCGACAACGAAAAUCGAUUGGAGGAAUCAAAGGCUUUAUUUCAUACAGUUAUAACAUUCGAAUGGUUUGAAACCGCUUCAAUUAUCCUUUUUCUAAACAAGAAGGACGUGUUGGAAAAGAAAAUAAUGUAUUCACAUUUGAUAGAUUAUUUUCCUGAUUACGAUGGUCCACCACAAGAUGCAAAUGCUGCCCAAGAAUACGUGCUACGUUUGUUUGAAGACGUUAGUUCAGAUACACCUAAAAGGAUAUAUUCCCAUUUUACCUGUGCUACAGAUACGGAAAAUAUUAGGUUUGUGUUCGCCGCAGUAAAGGAUACCAUUUUGCAAUGCAACCUAAAGGAGUGUAAUUUAUCACGACCCGAGAUCACGACAUACGGACAUACGGACAAACGGACGGACAGGAACUCUUCCUUCUACGUGUUACAUGCUUUCAACGAACCAAUUAUACCCUUUCACUCUGCCACGCAUAUUUAUAUUCAUCUAUUGACGAUCUUCACCCAAUAUAUAAAGUUUCGUCAGCCUCUCAACAGUGAAGGAACAGAGUCCACUGGGGGAAAUAUGCUUGCGCGAAUGGGCUGCAUGGACUGCUGCUUAUCGGAAGAGGCUCGUGAGGCAAGGCGUGUCAGUAGGGAUAUUGAAAAGGUAUUGAGAGCGGAAAAGAAAAAAGCACGGCGCGAGCUCAAACUGCUGGUUCUGGGCACGGGCGAAUCUGGCAAGACCACAUUCAUCAAACAAAUGCGCCUUAUUCACGGCGACGGUUUUUCGGACAAGGAACGAAAGCAGUUCACCGAGAAUAUUUUUCAAAACAUAUUCAUGGCCAUGCAGUCGAUGAUCAGUGCAAUGGAUGUUCUGAAUAUACCCUACGGUCAGCAGGAGCAUAGUAUACUUGCCGAUCUGGUGAAGAGCAUCGACUACAAGACUGUUACCAGGCUGGAGGCCCCAUACAUGAGUGCCAUCAAAACGCUUUGGACCGAUGCUGGCAUCCAGGAGUGCUAUUAUCGUCGUAGGGAAUACCAGCUGACUGAUUCUACUGCAUACUUUUUGGAGCACUUAAAUCGAAUUGAAAAGACUGAUUACCAGGCAACUGAUCAGGAUAUUCUUUAUGCUCGAGCGCCAACAACCGAUAUUGUUGAGUAUCCAUUCAAAUUGGACGGUUUUCUGAUAAGAAUGGUGGACGUAGCUGGUCAACGAGGGGAGAGACAAAAGUGGAUUCAUUGCUUUUCCAAUGUGACAUCGAUUAUGUUUUUGGUAGCGCUAUCCGAAUUUGAUUUAACCUUGGUAGAAGAGAAGAAUGAUAACCGGAUGGAGGAGUCUAAGGCUUUAUUUGCACAUAUAAUUUCGUGGGAGUGGUUUCAAAAAUCGUCAGUUAUUCUGUUUCUGAACAAGGAGGAUUUAUUUGAGGAGAAAAUAAAAUCUACGCAUUUGGCAGACUAUUUUCCUGAUUUUAAUGGUCCAAAAAAGGAUGCCAAGGCAGCCCGAGAAUUCAUACUGCAAAUGUUUAUUGACACGAAUUCUGAUCCUUACAAGUACAUCUAUCCUCAUUUCACCAUUGCUACAAAUACCGACAACAUUAGGUUUGUGUUCACUGCCGUUAAAGACACAAUUCUAGAAACGCAUUUAAAGGAAACAAAUUUGCUGUAAACUAGUUUUCUAAAUGUAUUGAUGAGUAACAAGGUUUUGCGGAUC